AUGACUCCAAGCCACAGAUCUGCUUCUCAGUUGUGGGCUAUUGCUCGCCGCAAGCUCUUUUCCAGGCGUGGGUCCUAUGAUCAAGAUUAUGACUCCCAACACCGAUCUUCUGGCUCUGCAGACACUUCUUCUCUCAGUGAGCACACCGACGGAUUUUACAAAUACUCGCAGGAAGUUCUUGAGAAAAGUGAUAUGGUCUACAGAAAGGUGAUCGAAAACAUGGGAAUUCGUUCUUCAGAUAGCACCGAGGCGUCUUAUGCGUCUGCUUCGAUGGUUCCUAUCGGACGGCCCAGUCUUCCCUACACCAUUGGUUCCCCUGAAUGGAAUACCACCUACGGUACUGUCAAGUAUUUGGACCACGUCUGUGAUGAUGAUGAUACCUCGGCCUGGCGUAACAGCGUCCUGUUCGUGUAUACCAGAGUGUACGCUGUUGCCAAAGUGGUUUUCAUGGCUUUCCUCCAUUAUGGACUUGAUUUGGAUGACAUUCCUGAUGGCUUGAUGACCUGCAUCAGAAAUGCAGAGGAGGCUGUCACCUCCGACAGGAUCACCGAUCUGGUCAAUAGCAUCGAGAACCUGUACCAUGCCCUCUAUGCGAGGCUGAUUAUGGAACUUGCCAAUGUUGAUUUGUGCUCCUGCUUCAAUUUCGGGGUUGCGCGUGUCUCUUCGCAUAACAAUUUUAUACUCCCGGAGCCACGUCACUUGUUCAACAUCUUCCUGGCUUGCAAGGGGUUUCUCGACAGUCCGACUGUCUGCACUGCCUUUAAUCGAAAGGUUGUCGAAGACUACCAGAGUGGGUUCAUCCGUCGCUCUUUGCAGAAUCUCCUUGACGUCGGAUUUGAUCUUGAUGAUCUCAUCGGGUUCCGUCGCUUUGUCCUUCCUAUUGUUGACAACCGCGAGUCUCCGUUCCGCAAAAAAUGGAGUGGAAGUGGCCUGGUGUAUCAGUUGCCGCCCGCGGAGCUUCUUGCCAUUCAGGCCGAGAGAUACAUGGCUUUCACUCCGAGGGAGACGCACCGCCUCUUGAUUCCCGACCAGAUCCUCCCCUUCGUUGAGCGGCACACCAUCGACCCGGAACGCUUGGAGAGAGAAUUCAUUCAGGACCACCGCCAGGCUGCACUCGCCAUGCUCGAAGGCAAGACUCUGGGAGAUCUUCGAAAUGAGAAUACCAUGUCCCGGAUGAUGAAUUACGUCAAAGAAAGAAAGUGCAUUUGCCAAUCUGCCUGCAGUUGUAGCAUGAUUUGCACUCGGGAGCCGGAGAGACCUUGCCCCUGUGCAGAGUGGAGAAUGACCAUGAUGCUUGCGCAGAGUCGCUCUGGCCAGGGCCCUCUGGGUCUCCGUGAUCGAUGCACCGUCCUAUCAAAGGCUGUGUUUCUAGAGAUUGCUUCCUUCCGGGACGAUGUUGAUACGUUCGAGAUCGCAGCGGCCUUGGACCGAGCUUUCAUGCUCUUUGCUGACGAGAUCCAGAAGAAACCGGUCGCUGAGGCCUAG